AUGGGAAAGUAUACAUCUCUGAAGGUUGUUUCAACGGCUGCUAAGAAGGCAGGCGGAUCAAAAUCUAAGUCGGGUUCUACCUCCAAAAAGAGCGGAAAGAAACAAUUGGAAAAUGCAUCCUCUGUUGAUUUACAUCAACCUAAAGACAGAGAUCCCAAGAUCUCCAACGAUUCCGGAACUCAAGAAGUGAUCGACACAGUGCGCCCACUGAUUGACUGUGGGCUCUCCACUCAAGAUUUAGUCGCUAUCGGCUAUGACAAGAACUCUACUCAGAUCGAAUUUGGAAAUCACGUUUUUACGAAAUGGAUCGACGACCACAACGCCCGCUGGUCUCAAGCCCUUCCCAGGUUCGAUAGCCCUUUCCAGGACUUCUAUGCUAAGUUCUCCGUCGAAGUUUGA